AUGAUCGAGAAGUUUCGGGCGCGCUGCUCUAUGGUGGAUCCCGUGACGAACCAGCCUCGGUUCGGCCCUAACAUGCUGGCAAAAGUUCAAGAUCUGCUGCGUCGCUACGACGAAGUGAAGCUCGCAAUGGAGGAGGAGGCCCCGCUGCGUCUGCAGGAGGCUCAACGUGCAGCAGAGCUGGCUCGUGAACAAGAGCAGGAGCGGCAUCUUCAAGGAGCUCGUGAGCGAGAAGCAGAGCAGCAACGCGAAGAACUGCAGAGGAUUGAAGCGCUGGCCGCUGCCGCGCAGGAGAAACGAGAGCAGCGAGAGAAGGAACGUGCUGAGGAGGAACUACUGCGGCAGCUCGAGGAGGAGGAGCGUGAGAAGUUGAAUGCGUCGAUUCCGCACGGCAAGGAGGGGCUCGAGAGAGCUAUUGCAAUGCUGAAGGAUAGCACAGGUAGCGAGGCGCUGUAUCGUCAAUCUCUGCAGAAGCUGUUGGCUGUUGUCAGCAACAUCUGCUCGUCACCGGAAAAUACUGCGUUCCGACACAUUCCGAAGGAAAAUGCCCACUUCCACGCGGACUUGGGUCAAUACGCCGGUGGGCAUCAGUGUCUACUUGCGCUGGGCUUCAAGGAACUCCAACAAGGAGAUGAAGCCCAGCUCAGAGCGGUCUUCGUUUUAGAGGAACCCGAUCUAUCGGAAGAUUUAGAUGCCUGGAGCAACUGGUUCGACGAGCUCAAGGAGAUGCAGAGUUUCGUGGAAUACAAGUUGAAUUGAAGAUGCUGCUGGAAUAAAAUUCAUGCGGAUCACCCUGGC